AUGAAGGACUUUGACAUUUUGGAGGCUGGUGCAAUGGAGAGAACCGAUAAGCUGCCCAAGAUCAGAGAUGAGGAAGUGGAAUCCAAGUUUGGAUAUGUGCAUGCCGUGUCUGGACCUGUUGAUCAGAGUAUCUGUGAUUUGACAGAGUCUAUCUACAUUCCUCGCGGUGUCAACACCUCCGCAUUGAGUCGGGACAUUAAGUGGGAUUUUACGCCACGCUCACAAAUCAAGAUUGGGAGUCACAUCACUGGAGGUGAUGAGUAUGGAACAGUGCCUGAGAAUUCCUUGAUAAAACAUAAACUGAUAUUGCCACCUAGAGCUAGAGGUACAGUGACUUGGGUUGCAGAAGCCGGUAACUAUGACGUAACGGAUGUUGUCUUGGAGACAGAAUUUGAUGGUCAAAAGUCCAAGUACACCAUGUUACAAGUAUGGCCUGUCCGACAGAUGCGACCUGUCAGUGAAAAGCUAGCAGCUAAUUUUCCAUUAUUGACUGGACAGAGAGUAUUGGAUUCACUUUUUCCCUGUGUACAGGGAGGUACUACAGCUAUUCCAGGUGCUUUCGGUUGCGGUAAAACUGUCAUUUCACAGUCACUAUCAAAAUAUUCAAACAGUGACGUCAUUGUGUAUGUCGGAUGUGGUGAGCGUGGUAAUGAGAUGUCAGAAGUACUUCGGGAUUUCCCUGAGUUGACUGUUGAAAUUGGCGGUGUGACAGAGUCUAUUAUGAAACGUACAGCCCUUGUAGCCAACACAUCUAAUAUGCCUGUAGCUGCCAGAGAAGCGUCUAUCUAUACUGGUAUCACGUUAUCGGAGUAUUUCCGUGAUAUGGGUUACCAUGUAGCUAUGAUGGCUGACUCUACAUCAAGAUGGGCAGAGGCGUUGAGAGAAAUCUCUGGUCGUCUGGCUGAAAUGCCUGCCGACAGCGGCUAUCCUGCCUACUUAGGUGCACGUCUCGCUUCUUUCUAUGAGCGUGCCGGCCGUGUGAAGUGUCUUGGUAAUCCAGAGCGUGAGGGUAGCGUCUCCAUUGUAGGUGCAGUGUCACCACCUGGCGGUGAUUUCUCUGAUCCUGUCACUGCAGCAACACUCGGUAUCGUGCAGGUAGGAUUUUGAAUACUUGAAGAAGUGCUUCAAUGUGCUGAUUUCAUUUCUGUUUUGCAUUACUCUAGUUGUAGUUGCAAAACUAAAAAACUNNNNGAAUAUUACGAUAAGCAUUAUGCAGAAUUUGUACCCCUGAGGACAAAGACAAAAGAGAUUUUACAAGAAGAAGAAGAUUUGUCAGAAAUUGUGCAACUUGUCGGUAAAGGUUCUCUUGCAGAGUCCGAUAAAAUCACGUUAGAAGUUGCCAAGCUAAUCAAAGACGACUUUUUACAACAAAAUGGUUACACUCCAUAUGACAGAUUUUGUCCAUUCUACAAGACAGUAGGAAUGUUAUCAAAUAUAUUAGCUUUUUAUGACAUGGCUAGGCAUGCUGUAGAAACCACUGCACAAAGUGACAAUAAAAUAUCAUGGAAUGUCAUCAGAGAAAACAUGGGAGAUAUAUUAUACCAGCUUAGUAGUAUGAAAUUUAAGGAUCCAGUGAAAGAUGGAGAAGUUAAAAUACGACAAGACUUUGCCGAAUUGUACGAGAAUAUGCAAACUGCAUUCAGGAAUCUAGAAGACUAAAAGAAGAUCUUGUAUUGUAAUUUAUUAACUUAAACUGGCCACAUUAAGAAACUUGUCAUAUUUUGGUUGAGAAUAUAUGUGACAUUACUGGCCAAAAAUAGUAAACAGAUCAUGGUAGGCUUAUGAAUGAUAUUUGAUAUUGUAUGCACUUGUGAAUUGUCAAAAAGGUUUAGUUUCUUGUUUAUGAAUGAAUCUUUAAGAGCUUAGGUGGUCUUUUAGAGUAGAAAUUUUGGAAAGUUAGGGAUUCUCUUUCAUUAAUUUGUUUUUGUUAUUUUUGGCCAGUAAUGUCUAAUCAUCCAAUGAAAAUGCUGAUAGAGAUGUUUUUUUUUCUCAAGAUUGUUCUGGAUAGUGGAAUGUAUUUUUAAGCGACCAAUGAGAUUCCAUGAGGGUAGUGUGCAUGCGUUUUUGAAAAUAAAGUUAGUUCAGAUGGCACCGAAAAUGAAUUGCUGUGAAGGUGGAUAUGGAAGCUACAUGUCAGUUAAAUGGUUUGUUUAAGGGUGUGGACACUUCUAUGUGCUGAAUUCUUUCGAGUCGCAUUCAGUUCAUAAAAAUUUCACAUUAUGAUUUCAAAGCCGAGAGAAGUAAUCUAAACUCUUAGAAAUUAUACUGAAUUCCUGUCUGGCGCAAUGAAAUCAAACCGAAAAGUGUAAUGUUGGUUUAGGAAAGGAAAUGGGUGACUGAUGAGUCCAGAUAUAUUGUUUAAUUACUGGUACACCAGUAACUUGUAGGCUGGUUUGAAGUCUGGGUUCUCACUGUGCACAUCUGCUUUCAUAUGCUGUACAUACCCAAUUAUUUCCUAAAUAUCGGUGUGAUGGACAGUAUGUCUAUAUAGUAAUUAUAACACAAUGCGUGAUGGGAAGUUUGUAUAUGAACACCCACUUCUGCCAAUUUUCUCUUGCUGUACAGUUGGUUCAGAUAUACAUUUUUUGUAUAUAGUAAAUAUAGCAUGCAGGUUGACACUUGGUGGCGCUAUACAUGAUUUCCUCGGAUGCCGCACACCUGUUAUGUUAGGUUUAUAGCAAUGUUAGAAUUACUGUGCCAGUAUUAUUCUAAACUAUGUGCAGUCGCUGUGGUCGCUCUUGAAAUUCAAAGUCAUGAGAAAACUUCCCAAUCACAAUUGCGAAAUAGAUAUUACUAAAAAUACCAUGUUUUUUUGAGAUGCAAAGUGUAUAAAAGAAAAUAUGUAGAUAGAAAAGUUAUUGCUAAUAGUUAUGAAAAUAUAAUUGUAAAAAUAUGUGAAAGUUCUUAGUAUUGAAUGUUGUACGUUUGUGCUGUAUUGUUGGUCGAAGAUGUAGUUUUCAAUUUCCACAGAAUUAAACUGGUCUGUGUAAUAAUAGAGAAGAAAACACUUUAUCAUUUUUUGUGUUUUAUCUUUCACAAUGUGCAACCAGUGUUCUAAUUUUCUAUAAACAAUGCAGUAUUAUACAUGUAUGCAUUGUGUACAUUUCAUUUGACCCAUACCGAAUAUGAUAGCGCAAAGUCAAUGUGCCCUUACCAAUGAUAUAGAAUUUAAUUGUCCCAAGCCCCUUAGUGAGAUUGUCCAGAUUAAGUUGUAUGUUGAUGAUCCAUGAGUGUACAGAAAAAAAAAUAUCAUCUUUGUGUUGGUAAAUUUAGCUUUGUAUUCUGGUUUUUGCUUUUUUGAUUGUUUUUUUAAGUUACAAGAACUUUCUGACAUUAGUGAUGCUGCCCUCUAUCAGGCAGUUAUCUGUGUUCUUUUGUUUUGCUAUAAUGUGAUUCUCUAUAAAUAUGCAAGGUUGUACAAUUUUAAUUCCUUGAUAUUUUAUUAAUUUUGUUAUUGUACGCCAUAUAUUACGCCCUCUGUAGUUUGUCUGAUAAAAACAAGUUUACUCAGAUCUUAUCUACAGAGAGCCCUCUCACCACAGAGAUAUUACAAAUUCUGAAAGCAAUAUUUGUCGUUUCACUUAAUAUUUGUCUUUUCACUAGCUAUUUGUCAGUGGUCGGUAUGAUUCUGCAAUGAUUUUGCAUGAAGUAUUUCCGGAUUUCUGACUCUACCAUAGUAAGGAAAUAUGACAGGGUAUCACAUAACAUCACAUGAUGUAGUUUCAAACUUUGUCAUCAUUUCCACCGGCAAGUUAGGUGAUCUAAAGUCCACAUGAUCAUGUUGCACACAUGUCUUCUUGAUUAGUCAUUGUAAAAUUAAAUUUGGUUAUCUCGUACUGUAGAGUUGUCGGUGUAGAUAUCAUUGGAAGCUAUGUAACAUUGGUACCAUUAGAUUCUGUUUACUACAAUAUAACAAUUUUAAUUUAGUGAUCACUAUUGUGCUGGGCCAAAAUGUUAUUUUCUUGUUGCAGCUUUAUUUGUAUGCUAUAUACUUCAUAGCUGUUAUGUAAUACGUCUACCACAUCAAGAGAAUAAAUAAAGACAAUAAACUGUACU